AUGAAGGUGAAAUGGACCAUGCUGGGUAUGGUCGUCUUCUUCCUGCUCUCUGUGGUCAUGACCUGCUGCUUCAUAUGGCAGUACAGAAUGCCGAAACUGAAGACAGAAAUGCUUACAAAAGAAGCAGCCAUAGAAGAAAUGUGCCCUCGCUACCCUGAGCCUGUGCCCCUCAGACAUCCCAUCAUAUCCCUGAGGUUGGCCUUAGAAAAGAUAGAUGUCCUACUGAAGAAGAGUAUUCACACUACAAAGCUGCCAGCGAUAUCAGCCAUUGUGGUUUUAAAUGACUCUGUGCUGUGGAAUGGAAACUUUGGCAAGAAAAACAUCAGUGAUCCUUCCUCGUCUGCACCCAAUGAGUACACAGUGUACAGAAUUGCGAGCCUGUCAAAGAUCUUCCCCACUCUAAUGCUGUAUAAGCUGUGGGAGGAUGGCCUGGUGGACUCUCUUGAUGACCCUGUGGGGAAGUACGCAGACAACUUCACCAUCAAGAACCCGCUGGGGAAAAGUGGACGGCCAGUAUCCUCAUCAGGCAGGAGCCGCUUGCCUGAGCUCACCCUACGCAGGAUGGCCAGCCAUCUCUCUGGGUUACCCCGAAGAUUAAGGUCAACUAAUCUCCUUUGGAGUGGAGACACGCAGGCGGCCCUUAAUUUGUUACAGGAUGAUCUCCUUGUGGCAGAUCCAGGCACCAAAUGCCACUACAGCAAUGUUGCCUUCUCCUUGUUGGCAAACAUCCUGGCACAAAAGGUGACUGGUUCUGACUUUGAGAGCUGGGUGUCAGAAAACAUUCUGGAGCGUCUCAGCAUGGAGGAUACUGGUUUCAACAUAACUCCAACUAUUCAGAGACAGAUGGCUGUGGGCGUCUACAGCAAUGGCCAGCCAGCUCCCCUCUACAACCUAGGCUGGUAUCGACCUGCGGGCCAGAUGUAUUCCACGGCAGCUGACAUGGCAAAGCUCAUGAUGGCUCUUCUCGGUGUAUACGGCGGGAUGCUGCUACGCCAGGACACUCUGAACACCAUGAUGACACCGGUUUUCAAAUGCCAAAGUGGAUACUUUGCCAAUUCCACCGGCACACCAUGGGAGAUCAAUGAGCAGCUUGGCUAUGAUGUGGUAAGAAAAGAUGGCGACCUGGACGGCUAUGCGACCACCCUCUCCCUGGUUCCACGGCUCAAGCUGGGGCUAGUGAUCCUGAUGGCUGGGGUUCGGCCAGCAGACCAGGACCUUGUGAGGCAGGCCUACAGCUACCUCAUCCCUGCAGUGGAGGGCGCUUUCAGGGACGCUCGACGAACUCUCAGACCACCACCUGACCCAGCUCCAUACAUGGGCUUUUUCACUUACAAGAAUAUGACUUUCUAUGAGAUUAAAGUGGGCUCAGAUGGAGUGCUGGUCAUGCAGCAGUUUGGACCACAGGUGGACACAACUGUGCCGUCCAAGUACAGAACUAUCUGGCUGGACUACCUCCAGGACAGGGUGUUCAAGGUGGUGUUUGAGAACCCAUACCCUUGCAAGCUGAAGGUUAACAGCGCCUCAGUCUCCCUGGAGAUACAGGACAGACAGCUCUUUAACUUUUAUGUUUUCAACAAGAAAGGUGUGUCACCGGGAUUUGAUUCCCCAGGACUCAACACUUACAAGGUGAUGAGGAUAGCUGGCAAACCAUAUUUUACUUCAUAA